AUGUGAAUGAAGUUAAAAGAUGUGUGGGAUCUCCCUAUUAAAUAGUUUCCCCUUUCUCCUGUAUACCCAUAUACUCAUCCUACUCAGCUCCUCUCCUUCUACUCAUGCAUCAUCCAUGGGAAGAUCGGGACAAAAAAACAGGAUGUGUGGAUAUACGGGGGAUUUGAUAAGGGACACUGAAAAAAAAGAAGAAUGUGCAGAAUGUUCUGAGGUUGGAGUUCUGUAUUCCUCUACAGUAAUAUCAGUUCAUAGAACCAGUAAACUAGAGGAAUGUCGGAUAUUUUGUCAGAAAGAUACAAGAUGUAAAUAUUUCUCUCUGGAUACGCGGAGAGGAUCCUGUCAUCUUAAAUCCACAACCAAUACUAAACUUGGAGCUCCAGACAGUUAUGUAUCCGGGACGAAGUACUGCACUCAUGAGAAGGAGAGCUUGAUCAAGGACCGCAUGAAGUUGAUGAGAAACUAUAACAAGGACCAGUACAAUGAGCUGGACAGUGAACUACUAGAACUAGAUUCAGCAGACGUUCAACGGAACUCCAGGACCAUGAACCUGGGACUGGAGAACAAAAGUUAUCCAGUUGUUAUUGUUGAGCAUGGUUCUGAGAAACAGGAUAACUAUAAAACCAUCCUAGCGGGAAUACCAGCAAACUUUGGUCUGGUUAUCAGUCACAACAAAUCGUUUGUUGGUAAAGCUGUAGUAUUUGAACCUGCAGAUCUAUGCAGCCAAAGACUAGCUGAUAUUAGGAAAAAGUUAGAUGAGCUGAAGAAGGAAAAACCUGAAUCUAAACUAAUCGGAAUUGUGAAGAGAGGUCUUUGCUUGUUUAGCACUAAAGCAGAAAACGCAGUGAAUGUUGGUUUUGAUGGAAUGGUUAUCCUUGAUAAUGUGGGGGAUACCUCGGUAGCGUAUAUCAAAGGAGCUCAGAAGGAAAAAUUCAAGAAUUUCCCCGCAAUAUUCCUGCUGAAGAAAGAAGCCGACAUUCUUGUCGAUAUCCUUCAUAAAAACAAAGGAUAUCUAACCCUGCACAUGCAAGAUUCAAGUACUGUUAACUGGUAUGAUGUGAAAGAUAUAACACCGAAGCCCACCCCUAGCUCCAGACAAUCAACGGUUGGGGUGGGACAGAAAAGACCCGCCUACAAUAGCCCAUUUAACUACUGGAGUAACAACAACACAGUGCAGAAUGUGACACGAAGUGAAUCAACUGCAACAUCACCUACUCCUGCUGCAACUACACCAACAACUCUACCUAAAACCAACAUCACACUUACAACAAUCAAGAACUCAAAUAGUUCAGGUUAAAACACUUUAUCUUUAUACAGGGUGUCC